AAACGGCGCGUGGGUCCUCGCACUUCUAUAUAAACAGAGCGCGCACAGCUGAACUCCAGAGUAUGAGCGCAGCAGCCGAGUUCUGAUCGCACGCGCAGACCGGAAGCGGAGUUUGUGCUUGCUUUAACUCUCACUCCUGCACAGGUGCCGCACGGUAACGAACAUGGCGACCUCAGCAAGCUCUCAGCUCAGCAAGGUGGUGAAGCGACAGUACAUGGAGCUUCCUCAGGGGGACAAAGUGCAGGCCAUGUACAUCUGGAUCGACGGCACGGGGGAGGGACUGCGCUGCAAGACCAGGACCCUCGACUACGAGCCGAAGAGCAUCGAGGAUCUUCCUGAGUGGAACUUUGACGGCUCCAGCACCUACCAAUCUGAGGGCUCCAACAGCGACAUGUACCUCAUUCCCUCCGCCAUGUUCAGAGAUCCAUUCCGCCAAGACCCCAACAAGCUGGUCCUGUGUGAAGUUCUGAAAUACAACCGCAAACCUGCUGAAACCAACCAUCGUUUGACGUGUAAGAAGGUCAUGCAGAUGGUGGAGGAUCAAAUCCCGUGGUUCGGCAUGGAGCAGGAGUACACCAUCCUGGGAACCGAUGGUCACCCAUUCGGCUGGCCUUCCAACGGCUUUCCUGGCCCUCAGGGACCUUAUUACUGUGGCGUCGGAGCAGACAAGGCUUACGGCAGGGAUAUAGUGGAGGCGCAUUACAGAGCCUGUCUAUACGCCGGUGUGAACAUCUGCGGCACGAACGCAGAGGUCAUGCCAGCUCAGUGGGAGUUCCAGGUGGGUCCAUGCGAGGGCAUUGAGAUGGGGGAUCACCUGUGGGUGGCUCGUUUUAUCCUGCACAGAGUUUGUGAAGACUUCGGCAUCGUCGCAUCGUUCGACCCCAAACCCAUCUCAGGAAACUGGAACGGUGCAGGCUGUCACACCAACUUCAGCACUAAAGAGAUGCGAGAAGAAGGUGGACUCAAAUGCAUCGAAGAAAGUAUCGACAAACUGGCAAAGCGACACGACUACCACAUCCGCGCCUACGACCCUAAAGGAGGUCUGGAUAACGCUCGUCGCCUGACGGGCCACCAUGAGACCUCCAACAUCCACGAGUUCUCCGCCGGCGUUGCCAACCGCGGUGCGAGCAUCCGCAUCCCUCGCUCUGUAGGCCAGGAGAAGAAGGGAUACUUUGAAGACCGUCGCCCGAGCGCCAACUGCGACCCCUACGCAGUCACUGAAGCCCUCAUACGCACGUGUCUUCUCAGUGAAAAAGGAGACGAACCUGUGGACUAUUAGCUCUUUCACCUCUUUCUGUUUCCAGGACUGAACUUCCGUUCCUUUACUUAUCUCCUAUAGAACAGCCAACAAGGCAUAAUUUAGUACUGUACACUCUUCUUUCUUUCAUUUCUGUCUGAUGCACCGUAGCGGGUUUUAAUAAAAAGUUGGCUGGUCAACUUAACGUUUUAGGAUUAAACUUGCCGUUAACCGGAGAAGUGAUGUUACGGCGCAUAUCUGAACCUUUGUGUCCUUUUUUAUUUUUUUGGUUUGGUUUGGCCAUGCCUCAUCUAUAAGCUAAACUCCACCCCUUUCACCCUCUCCAAACUUAUCAGUCUCCGAGAUGCCAAGACGUUCCUCUUUACAGACUAAAAGCGAGACAUGUGGACACGACAGGGCAGAGCCACUCAGGCUGCUAAGUACAUUUAGUUUUUUUGUUUUUCACUAGCUAGCCUGUGUACGUAAACCGGCGUAACGUUUCGACUAUGUUUUGUUGUUACUAACGAAAUCGGUGUUCAAUGACUACAUCGUGUCUUGUUCGGUUGUACGGUACACACUCGACUCCAGUGGUCUGUCUUUCCACUUGUAAAAAUAUCACCGUGAAUUUGUGAGUGAAAAAACUAAACCUUUUUAUGCUUUGUCUUGUUGUGUAACAUCCCUUUUGGGUAAAAUCCUGAAGUUGCUGAA